AUGCCUCAAAGAAACUUGGUUUCAUGGACUGUAAUGAUUACUGCUUAUUCUCAGAAUUCUCUAUGCGGGAAAACAUUACUUGCUUUUUCCGAAAUGAGAAAAGCUUGGGAAAGUCCAAAUGCUUUUACAUUUUCGUGUGUGAUUCGAGCUAUAACUUUGCUUAUGAAUGUCGGAUUGGUUACACAAAUGCAUUGUCUUGGUCUGAAAUGUGGACUCGGUCAUGAACUUUUUGUGGGUAGUAAUCUUGCUGAUAUGUGUUCCAAGUGUGGAGUGAUUCUUGAUGGUUGUAAGGUGUUUGAGAAGAUGUCUUACAAGGAUGAAGUCUCUUGGAUGUCCAUGAUUGAUGGGUAUGCUACAAAUGGUGACUUUAGUAAGGCUUUGUUGGGGUUUAAGACAAUGUUUCUUGAGGCAGUGGAUACAUUUGGGAGGUCAAGUCAUUCUAUGGUAGUGAAAUUGGACAUGGAGGAGGAAACUAUUGUGGGCAAUGCACUAGUUCACAUGUACCCAAAAGUUGGUGACACAGAAAGUGCUCCGAAAGUGUUUGGAAACAACUUGUGGCGCAUGAAGGUAGUGUCGUAUACCUCUUUUAUUGAUGUAUAUGUUGAAGUUGGUCAAUUGGAGAAAGCACUUGAGAUGUUUGUUGACCUGAAGAGGGAAGGCGUGUGGCCCAACGAGUUUACGUUUUCAAGCUUGGUGAAGGCCUGUGCUAAUGGAGGUGCACUUGAGCAAGGAUUGCAGCUUCAUUCCCAAGAAAUGCAACAAUGA